CGCCCCUUGCCUUCCCAGGCCGCCGCAGAAUAUGUGAAGACCCACCUGCCGGAGCUCCUGAAGCAGCACCUGCAGGCCUACGAGAAGGAGAAGGAGAACAGUGUGCUGUCCUACCCCAGCAUCCUGGAGCAGCACAUCCUGGCCAUCGACAAGGAGAUGCUGGAGAAGCUCUCGGCCUCCUACGAUGAAGCGGGAACCACCUGCCUGAUUGCCCUGCUGUCCGACAAGGAGCUGACGGUGGCUAACGUCGGUGACUCCAGGGGUGUCCUGUGUGACAAGGACGGCAACGCCAUCGCUCUGUCACAUGACCACAAGCCGUACCAGCUGAAGGAGCGCAAACGGAUUAAGCGGGCAGGGGGCUUCAUCAGCUUUAAUGGGUCAUGGCGGGUCCAGGGCAUCCUGGCGAUGUCGCGCUCGCUGGGUGACUAUCCCCUGAAGAACCUGAACGUGGUCAUCCCGGACCCCGACAUCCUGGCCUUCGACCUGGACAAGCUGCAGCCUGAGUUCAUGAUCCUGGCAUCCGACGGCCUGUGGGACGCCUUCAGUAACGAGGAGGCGGUGCGAUUCAUCAAGGAGCGCCUGGAUGAGCCACACUUCGGCGCCAAGAGCAUCGUCCUGCAGUCCUUCUACAGGGGUUGCCCCGACAACAUCACCGUCAUGGUUGUCAAGUUCAAGAACAGCGGCAAGGCUGGGGAACAGUGAGCGUGUGUGUGUGUGUGUGUGUGUGUGUGUGUGUGUGUGUGUGUGUGUGUGUGUGUGUGUGUGUGUGUGUGUGUGUGUGUGUGCGCGCGCGUGUGCGUGUGCGUGUGUGUGUGUGCGUGUGCGUGCGUGCGUGUGCAAGUGUGUGACCAGUGGCUGAAUGGAGGUAUAAAUAUAUAUCAUUUUAAAAAGCCAAGCCUGCAUUUUUUGAAGAACUCUUUCUACCUAAAAUAUUUACUGUACCUGUCCCAUCCUCUGCAACAUGGAACCCACACACAUGUUCUUUGGUUCACUAAUGGUUAGGAAUGUCCCCAAUGAAUGAUGACCCUCAUAAUACCGCCGCAUGUACCCUGUGGGUUGCUGAAUAACAGUAAUUAUAAUAAUAGUAAAAAAAAAAAAAACCUUAGUUUUCAAGAGUUACUGAUCAACGCCAUUUACCUGGGAUAGGUAGUGCUCCUAACUCGCUUCACAUCAUUGUUCUGAUUCUUUGGACAAUAAAAAUUUGCAUAUCAGACACGAUAGCCUAAAAUAUCUCUCGGCGCAAAUGUUGCUAAUUCAGGUUUUGAUCGAAAUCCUUUUGAAAUGUCUUUUUUUCCUAAGGUGUUGCUAUUCACUAACCCAUGCAAAUGUCAUAUUCUGUGGGAAUAUUUCAGCAUCUCUGGGGUCUUGGAGUUGAUGCCCCUUUCCUAUUUUUCCGGAUGCUAGUGUUAGUCUCUCAUCCAUGACCCAGCGUGUGACAUGCUUUCCUGCCUGGUACUGGGAAAGUUAGCCGUUAGCCGUUAGCCUUUGGCCACCUCCAGACUGUAGACGAAGCUCCUUAAUUGUGUUGCCUGGCACAUCUUUCAGUGACGAUGCACUGUCUGACAAGGAAACUGAGUGGUGGACGCUGGAGCCUGUCUACUCAUUUUGUUGUUCCCUGCUGGACUCUCUUUGAAGACCUUUUCAGUGUACUUGUUUCUUCCUAGCAGUCUAACAUACUAAUGCUAACCCAACCAUAGUGUUAGCAUCAGAUGCUAAUGUUACUGAUACAUACAGGGGCACGUUUCCUAGAUAGCUGACCUACCUGCCAUGGAAUUUGUUUGAACGUGCACUGUUAUGCCGAUCUGCUGAUAUUUUCCAAGACUCCCCCUUCUACUUCCCCCCCCCCCAUUACUCUGCACAUCCCCGCUUUUGGCAGAAGAGGGCACUGUUCUGGAUGUUGCAGCCUUCAUCAAUGGACGCUGGACCACCCUCUGUUGGCUCUUCACCAAAUGCUGUCAGAUUCUCUAUGAAGUCCACUUGUCCUCAUUGGACGCUUGUUAUACUGACCAUUCAGUGGAGACAAACAUUUCAAAGUUUGAGCGAGUGUUGGAAUAUGACAUACGGCAUCAUCGUUCGUUCAGUUUUUGUUCUCACCAUUUCGAUUUGGUUUUCACCUGGAUUUAUUUAUUCUGGUUCUUAUAGUGAACUAAUUAAUAUAGCUCUGUUUGUCCGCUCCUUAUUUGGUACUCUGAUUGUGUUUUGAAAAAAAUAAUAAAAUUCUUAUUUGCCUAUGUCAUUGAUCAGUUUGUGACUAUGGUAACCAACACUGGUCAAACUGACUGUAAUCUAUGCAGCUCUGAUUGAUUCGGAACCAGAUCUGACCUUUGGACAAGCGGACGUGAUAUGGAGUUGCCUGCACUGGCCUCCUGGCGUGUUGCUCUCUUGUUUUAGCAUGUAUGCAACUGCACCGAAAAGUCAUUGGUGUUGGACCUUGUAGUAUCUAGUAGGGACGUACAUGGCUGAGUGCCAGACCGUGCGACGUUUUGAUAUGGAGCUGCCCAUCAUCGAAAUGAAUACUGAUCUCAGUGUGACGAUCCCCCCCCCUCAAAUGCUAGUGAGACCAGUUCCUCUGGGGCGUAAACUCAUUUUCUUUGCACGCAUAAGAAUUGUACAUUUGAAUGACAAAUUGGAAGCCUUCAAAUAAGAAUAUGUACUUGCUGCCUUAUUUUUGAAAAUAUUUACGAUUAUUCUCUCAUAUUUUGUUUGCCAAAAGUUAAUCAUGAUUUCUCGUGCAGCAUAUAAUGGAGAAUAUGCAUAAAAUCAUGCCAUAUGCAUCGUCUGUAGAUAUCAUCACAUCUUACUGUCAUUUCCACAUUGGUCUCUAAGAGACGGGAAAUUGCAGGAAGUGAAUGUACAUAUUAGAGGCUAUCAUAACCCCCCCCCUCCCCCAACAGCCAUUAAAUGUAAAAUAAAGCAUUAAACGUCCUGUUUGGCAGAGUAAUGAUUUACUAGAAUUAGUAUGUUUUCUGUGCUUUUUUUGGUUGUAUAUUCUACCAGAACAAUGUAUGCGUUACCAAAUGUUUGUGGAAAUUUGUAUUUGAUUUUGUCAACUCUAAACCUGUAUUAGUCUGGUGGAUUUUAAGAUCAACAGUUAACAAGUCCAAGAAAUAAAAUAUGAGACGAUACACAA